AACCACAACUGAUCUACCUGCACCACAACGUCCCCUUGGUACCAUGGAUCAUCAUCAGCUCACGUUGACCCAGCUGAGUGUCUGAGUGAUUCAGACAGGACUGAGCAGGUGUGGUGUUUAAAAUGCAGAAUCUGACUGAAUUUCCAGGCAAUGGAACUUCCCACAAUAGACUGUCUGUGGUCAUCAAGGUGUGUGUGGUUAUCCCCUUCUUCUGCGUCUUCCUCUGCCUCAUUGUUGUCAUGCUGCACAUCUUUGCCUCUCACAGGCAGUUCCUGGACAGCACACGUUACAUCCUGUUUGCCAACAUGCUAAUCAAUGACACUCUCCAGCUCUUGUCCUCUGUGCUGCUCUUCCUCUUCUUCAUGGGCCAAGUGAAAUUUGCUCUUGUCUACUGUGUUCCUCUGCUGUUCUUUUCCACUGCGACCUUCCAGAACACACCUUUAAUCCUGGCCACCAUGUCACUGGAGCGUUAUGUUGCCAUCUUCUACCCCCUGCAGUGCCCGGCCGCCUGGCGAUCAGAUCGGAUCUGGAUCAUUAUUCUGUCCCUGUGGCUCAUCAGCUGUAUCUCCCCUUUAAUUCUUUUUUCCAUCGGCAAAAGUGAUCCUGCCGUAGAUAUCCUUUCUACCCCUGUGUUUUGCAAAGUUUCCCGUGUUAGCUCAUCUCCAAUCCAGGGAUUGUUCCGAGCUGCUAUAGAUAUUUUCUUCUUUGCAGUUGUGGCUGUUGUCAUCCUCUUUACAUACGUGAGAAUCUUACUGGAAACAAGGAAGCUGAGACAAGAUAAAGUGUCUGUGAGCAAAGCCAUGCACACUGUGCUGCUCCACGGUUUUCAGCUGCUGCUAUGCAUGUUGGCCUUCACACAGCCCAUCAUUGUGACUCUCAUUGUGCUGCAUGCCAACUGGUUGCCUGAGCACAUCUCCUUUUUUUUUUUUUUCUGUUUCAUCGUUAUUCCCCGCUUUCUCAGCCCGCUCAUUUACGGCUUUAGAGAUCAGAGUCUCAGGGCCUGCAUUGGGAAAAAAUUCCUCUGCGGCUCAAACAAAGUCAAACCCAGUGUUAGAGGCAAGCUGCAGGACAACUUGCUUGCUUCUUGAACUGACUAAUAUAGUUUUGACAGAGAUCUUAAACGUAAUGUUUCAUGUUUUUGUGAUGUUGAACAGGUUCCUUUGUUUAAGUGUCUAGAAAAGUGCUAUAUAAUUCAAUGCAUUAUUAUUAUUAUAACUAGUAUUGCCUGUUGCAGUCAGUAAUGUGUUAUGCUGUUGAACUAAGUGGAAAAGGUGUGAUAAUUUUGGUGGUCUAUUGUGGAUGCAGGAAGAUAUUCUGUUCUCUAUUGUGGACUUUCAGUCAGCACCAUCAGACCUGAAGCAAAAGCUAUUGUCACUAGCUGGUUACAGGAGCUUGGAAGCUCUUCAUCAAUUUACAGGGAUGUGUUGAUAUUUAGAUUUGUACUUAAAUAACAAAACUUGAAUAAUAAUUGUUAAUUGGUUAAAUUCGUAAAAUGCUGGAGAGUCCUGGAAAUAUUUCGUCAUGAAACAGGUAUUAAAUUGCAUUCAUGUGGCAUUAAAAAGUCUCAAAAUUAAUCUAGUGACUUCUGCAGUAGCCUUAUUGAAAUAAUUGCUGUGUGUCAAUCUAAAAAUGUACAGGCUUUUUUGAAACAUUAGUGAAUAAGAGAACAGCUAAAUUUAAUCUCACUGAAUGAUGAAUUGAUUAAACCUCUGCUAACCUCUGCUGCUCUGUAAAAUGCAGUCAUGACCCUCUGAUCUGUGGAUACAUUGGCACUGUUUUUUGAGACAUGAUCCACAGUUGUUAAACAUAAACCAAGCAGUGACCGUGUUUCUGUGCCAGCAGCAUCAAUAAUGAUUACUCAAUUAUUUAAUAUUUGCAGUUCACAUAAUAAGAGAUGAGAUAUCUGUAGAUGACAUCAUUCGAUUUUUGUGCAGUGGCCGUUUUUCAGAAUUAACAAUGAUUACUCAGUUGUGUAAGUGAAUUUAAGGCAUCUUGUUCUAAGAUUCAACCUUUAAUUUCCUCAAUAAGCAAAAUAAAAUGCAUGAUUUAUGAUCAUCUGUGUGACUGGGUUUCAGGCCAGUCAGUGCUUCUGACCUUGUGUAAUCCACUGUUAAUAGCAAAUGUUGUAUAUUUUAAAAGGUUUUUUUGCACGCACAAUUUAGUGUGAUGUUUACAGGUCACCAUGUCAUGGUGAUGACAAUGUUUAUGUCAGAA